CGCUGCCGCCUGGAUGCAAAAGGAGGCGACUUUAUCCUGCGACGGCCCAGCUCUGUGAGGAGGGUGGGAUUUUCUCCCACAUCCCAAGGCUGGCAGGGCCAUACUUUGCGGGGGGGGGAGUGUGAUGGUGCAGUGACCCAACAGCACUAUGCUCUGAGGGGGCAGCAAAGCUACGUGGAGCGUAGCCCCCCCCCCCUCCCCCCAAAUAAGGGACUAGCCGCAGCUGCUAGAAAAUGCAGCUGCGGUUCCAACCCUCAUGUCUUGGGUCAGCAUUUUUGAUUCCCUAGGAACGCAGGAGCUACCAACCUCUGUCAGAAGGCUGUUCAAUCUAAAUUUGCCGUGCCCAGUCGAAUUUGAUAGGGCUGUCGUAUGAGCUAUAGGCAUUAAUAACCUUCCCAAAUAUUUUCAGGGAUCCCAGCAUGGUCUUGUUUAUAUGACAAAAUAGCGUGAUCAAAACGUCAUAUCGACUUUGUCCUAGAGAUCAAAGGAUUUACAAAGGGCAAACUUGGUUCGUCAGUGUCCCUUUUUUCAAGUCAUUAAAACAUGACUUUGGCAUUAAAACAGUCUUUGGGUCUGGUACAAUGUUAUAAUGCAACAAUUUUGUUCCAGGAGAAAUUAUCUACAAAAUGGUAAUUCCCCUCUGCUAUUAGAACCAUGCAGCUCAGAAAGGAAAACACUGCCACCCCCUCAAGGAAAUCUGUAGCCCAAAGGUUUUUUGUUUUCAAUCUCAUUUGCUGGUCCAGUAACCAGGUAUCCAAUUAUCUACCUUGUCCAUUAUUGCUUUGAGCAUCGGUGUGGCUAUGAACAUUUUGUCUUUGUUCAUUAGAGUGAAAUAUAUUGUGGUUCAGACUGCUGAGUGCUCCCGGCCGUAUGGAACUCUUUACCUUUGUGUCACAGCAGUAAGAACCUCUCAACGUGCCAUUGAUUUGACUUUGUAAAUUAGUUCAGUGUAAUAGCUAAGGGAAACGGGCUAGAAUCUUAGCUGUACUUUUGCCUAAUUUCUAGAUCUUGAGGGAAACAUCAUUGAUGAUAGUAUACCUGUAAAAAAUGUUUAAUCUUAAUUUAACCCAUUUCUUCUUUUAAAGUGCUUUGUGGAAUACAAAUUGCACCCUGGCUGCAUAUGCCAUAUGGGGGGAAAACUUUUAUGUUUCAGAGUAAAUUGUUUAUAAUGAUCCAGGGAUCUUGAGUUUUACAUCUUUGUCUUUUGUGAAGCUACCAUCUGUUUGUUCUUUCACCCACUCUGUUGUUGCUCUGAAUGAGAAAAUAAAGAAUAAAUACUGAAUUUCUGCCAAGAGCUUCCCUUUAAAGGGCAUACUACAGAUGGUUUAGGCUUGGUUUAGAUUUUUGCUAGGCAAAAAUAAUCGUAUUUCAAAACCUAAUAAUAUACAUGAUUUCAGGAUUGUUUAUUCAUUUAAUUUAAAACUGGCUUUUUAAAUAGUUCAGCCAUUCACCUGCAGAAUUGGCCGCCCAACCGUUGCGGCAGGAUUUUCAGCCCAACCAUAGCGAGGUUGCAGUUUGGGCGUAAGAAACGGAAACUGACCCAGCUCAGUGAAAUUUAAAAAGAAACCCACAUAAAUGGUGAAAGUGGAUUUUAAAAAGUGUAAUUUCAACAACAUAAGGUACCCACACCAUAGAUGAAGUAAUAUUCUUCCAAGGUGGCUUGAAUUAAAGCCCGAAUCCUGCAGUUGGAUUUUGAUGGGUGCAAAGUUCUGCCCCUGUGGCUCCUAUUGCAGGAUUGCAACCUGCAUUUUCUGCGUUUUACCAUGCCUGGGUCUCUCAGAUUGUGCCACCUGAGGCUGCCUCUAUUCAGUACGAAAGAGCCGGUGGCGCUUUUUACAGGGUCAUGAGUUUGCCCUGUGUCCUAACUUUGAAAAUUUCCCUUUUCUCUGCUUACCUCCUUAGCCCCAUUUGUGCAGGCUAGCUAUUUGGUUCCCUCCACUCUAGAGAUGGCUGCGUGUUAGUGCUAGCGAGCUCAGGAACAUGAUUCUCUGGACACUGGUUUUUGCUGUUUAAAUGCUGAUAUAACAGUUAAAGUAACUAUUUGAAGGACCCCAGCAAACUCAUUUUUCAGAGUUCCUGGCAGGGGACAUUCUCCAGGGAGACAAGAUGAAUAUCAAAGCAGUCAAAGUUCUGUGUCUGCUGGGGGUCUUUUUCCUCAUGCUGCUCGGUUCCCUCCUGCCUGUCAAGAUAAUAGAAGCAGAUUAUGAGAAAGCUCAUCGCUCCAGAAAGGUCAUUGCCCUCUGCAAUUCCUUCGGAGGAGGGGUCUUCCUGGCCACCUGCUUCAACGCCUUGCUCCCCGCCGUACGAGAAAAGCUUCAAGAAGUUCUCAAGCUUGGGAAGGUGACCGCAGACUACCCCCUGGCCGAGACCAUCAUGCUGGUGGGCUUCUUUAUGACUGUCUUUGUGGAGCAGCUCAUCCUGACCUUUCGGAAGGAGAAGCCUUCCUUCAUCGACCUGGAGACCUUCAACGCCGGCUCAGAUGUCGGGAGUGACUCAGAAUAUGAGAGCCCCUUCAUAGCAUCUUCCAGAGGGCGCACGCUUUACCAAGAGCAUGGCCACCACUCCCACAGCCAUGGCUUGAACGUCCAGGAGCUUUCCCAAUCCAGCCCCUUGCGGCUCUUCAGCCUGGUGUUUGCCUUGUCUGCCCACUCCAUCUUUGAGGGCCUGGCCCUGGGCCUACAGGAGGAAGGAAACAAAGUCAUGAGUCUGUUCCUGGGCGUGGCCAUCCAUGAGACACUGGUGGCUGUGGCGCUGGGCAUCAGCAUGGCCAAGAUCUCAUUAACAUUGAAGGACGCUGCCAAGCUAGCACUUACCGUGAGUUUGAUGAUUCCUUUGGGUAUUGGGAUCGGCAUGGGCAUUGAGAGCGCCCAGAACUUGGCCAGCAGUGUGGCUUCUGUGCUCUUACAGGGCAUUGCUGCUGGAACUUUCUUGUUUGUCACCUUCUUUGAGAUCCUGGCAAAGGAACUGGAAGAUAAGAAUGAUCGCUUGCUGAAGGUCCUCUUCCUGGUCUUGGGCUACACGACCUUGGCGUUGCUUGUCUUUUUCAAGUGGUGAAGGCUGGACUGACGGACAGUAAACCCCGAUUCCUCCCUGUUGUAAAUGGUGCCGAGAACAAGACCCCUUUCCAGCCAAGUAGGGACACUAAGGAACAUCACAGUCUGGGGGGUGUUUACGCAUCGACCUGGCAAAAGGGGUGCACAGAAAAUAAGAUUGGGGAGUGUCCAGAAAGAGGUUUCAUGUGGCAUUGGAACGAUGGGUUGUGGCGUUGGUGUGGAGAUUGCUGGAGGUCAUGGUGAAGUAACUGGUUGUAACAUUACCUCCGAAGGGACCUUGUCUGCUGUGCAUUCUGCUGUUUGUCUAGAGAUCCCACCCCACAGCACAGGGUAACCUGACUUUAUAUUCUGUCGCUCCUGCCUUCAGUCUCUGGGCUCCAAGGAGGUGAAAAGUAACGGAGAAAUCAAACUGAAAGCAGGCUGGGGUAAUGGAUCGCAAAACAGCACUAAGCUGCUUGUGCCAGUUUAGUUUUGAGAAGAAACCUGGUUGGUGUUAAUAACUGCCAAAAAUAUCAACUGUUCUGGGAUACAACAAAUGUCUUUUAGGUGAGAUUUGAGCCAGGAUCCUCUGCUGGCAGAAAUUCUGUUAAGCCACAAAAGGUCCAUUGGGUUGGUAUUGUUCCUGAGAGAUUAAUCAAAGCAACAGGCCAGAGUCCUUUUUACCCCCAUGUGUCGUGUUCCAUCACUGUUGUCUGGCUCUUCAUUGCACAGUCACCGAUGUGAAUCUCUAGGAGUUUGGGUAACGAUCACUUUGAAAAACUUAGCAUUAAAAUCCAAAAUCCUUUCCAGAGCAUCCAGGGAGCUCUGGCCUCAUGGUCUUGAGUUUGUAACAAACUGAUGUUUGCAAUUUCCAGAACACAGAAUUAGGGCAUUCCAACUGUCUGAGGUGGAUUUUGGUUUGUGGGGGACUCACCCUUGGAUGGAUCCAAAAUGACUCUCCCAAAGCCAUGUCUUCUUUGUGCUAACAUGUUUGCUUCUCUCUUAUACUGGCACAUCUGUCCCGUAUGGUGACUGACGAGGACCAACUGAUGGUGUCUGGCAACCAAUAUUUUAAUUGCUACAGAACACCAAAGUUAAUUAAUCUUACUUGGAAGAAAUGGGGAGGAGCUAAUUAUAGGCCUCAGGUGACCCCAGUUAGCAAGGGCCAGUUAAAAUACAGUUUGGCGUGAUGUGCCAAUUUGGUUCCCAAAUACAGAAUUGCUGGCAGGUGGCAUUGUAAACAUUCUCUCUCUCGUAGCUAGCCACCGCAUGGAGGUUUGCCUCCAGCGCAGCAGUCACAACCUACCCUGCUGCUUCUAUCGCUCGCCCUUCAUUCUGGCCUCUUCAGGGCUUUGAUGGCAAGACAGGCAUAGUGUCCAUAAUGACUUGGAGAUUUCUGCAUGUAAAAACAUUCAAUCAGAUAUGAAAACUACACAACAGCUGUAGAACACGAGUGGCGAGGGAGUAUACUUGGGGGUCUUUGAUGCUGUGAGAUAGGAUAGAUUGUAUUCUUUCCUGCUCUCCCACACCACCUUAGUAUCAGGGAAUCUAUCAGUUUGGUUUGGAUCUUGAAUCAUAGACUAUCAGGGUUGGAAGGGACCUCAGGAGGUCAUCUAGUCCCCAAAGCAGGACCAAUCCCCAAUUUUUGCCCCAGAUCCCUAAAUGGCCCCCUGAAGGAUUGAACUCACAACCAUGGGUUUAGCAGGCCAAUGCUCAGACCACUGAGCUAUCCCUCCCCCCAAAUCGUCCUCACUGCUGGAGUGACUGAGACCGGGGGGAUGAGUCUAGAAGUUCUGAGUUCAAUUCUGGCUCUGCCAUAGAAGCCCUGAGUGACCUUGGCUAGGUCUUUCCCCCUCUGUGAAAAGGGGCUGAUGAUAUUUAUCCUGCCUCCUGGGAGUGUUGUGAGAAUUAGCCAGUUCAUGUCCUGGCUGUGGAAGUGCUGAGUAUUAUCACUAGAAAGGGGGUGCGCGUGCGGUGACAAUGGACCCCAACAUGUUUGAUGUGGGCUUUAAUGUGCAACUAGGUAGGCCACGGGCAGUUCACAGGGGAUUGGUUUUAUGUUGUUCAUUUUGUAAAUCAAAGGUGGGAUGGGUAUUGCUGCUGAUUAAUUGCUGCUUUUCUAAAGCUGGUCUGUGUCUGGCUGCAGACCCUUUUGUCCUGCAUUGGCUCCAUCCUGCAGGUAGGUGGCCAGAAGAUUUGAGCACCUCCAAGACAGUGGAAGUGGGCGGUGUCUGAGUGCCCGGGUUUUCACUUGCCCAUUUGUUCAAGAGCAUUUUGUUUUCCUCCACUUCCACAUUCAGGAUCCUCCCCCAUCCUCAAACCCUUCAGCUGGCCAGGCAGGGCUGAUAUUGCCACUGGAUCUCAAUGUGUGAGCGGCAGUCUCUAUCAGACUGUCACAUGUACAUGCCUGUCAUUUCUCUAAUGCUCUGACUUUGACUGGGGCGGUGUAUUUUGGGGUGACAUGAACUGGAGAAGCGAGGUGCAGAAGAGUUGGAUCUCCCUUCUGUCAUCAGCUCUUUCCUGUAAGAGGAGCCAAAAUCCCAAGGUGGUAUCCAGAUUUGCAUCUCUCCUGUGGCAAACCACAGCCACUGGUAAUGGCUGCCUCUUUACUGGAGCUCCCAUGCGCCUCUGCCAGUGCUUGUAGGACACCCUGGUAUUUGCUGAAUGCUAAUCAGAGCAAGGUAGGAGAUGGAGUGCCUCCCUGUAAGUGAUCCACAGCCUAAAGGAUGCUCUCAAGCUAAAUCAAUAGCCAAGGCUUAUCCCAACAAAGCUCCAGUGACUUGCAGGAACGUGCCUACCCCAGUCCAAACCAGGAAUAGAUUUCCUGGCCCAGAAAGAUGCACUUGCUCAGUGGUACUUCUGAGUUAAGGGCCCUUCUCUGCAGAGUUUGUCCGAAGGAAGGAGCGAGAGUCCAGGUUUCCUUAUCUGGGAAGUUAGCAGCAUCUUCUGUCAGCAUCCUUUCCCCACCCUGCUACUGCUGAGUGGGUGCCUGGCUCAGGCCUGCAGGAAGCCUCUUCAGGAGUGCAGGCCAAAUUGCUUACUCUCUGCUGGGACACACAGGAAAGCUGCCCCAUGGCUCUGGGGCAGCCAGUCAGUGCUGCAGGUUUCUUUCCAUGGAACGUGGCUUUGAUUUCAUUUUGACAUUCUCAUAACAAGAUCACAGGACAGAUUGCUGGUCUUUAUGGACAGGGAGCUGCAAGGUCCAGCCCAGGCGCUGCACCAUGCUGAAAUCCUCCCAGUCACAUCAGAUGGUAGAAGGGCCUUUGCAGCCGUUUACAUUGACCGAGUUAAACUGGCGUAGGUGAGGGGUCAUUCAGCUCCUCUAACUGAAUGUCAAGUGCAUAAAUACCAUGUAAAGGAAGGGCUCCUCCUUUCCAGCAUGUGGUGAGUGAUGUAGACCUGCACAUGGAUCACAUCCAGCCCCCUGGGAUGAUGUUUGGUCUGCCGAGGUUUGAACAUGUUCGAGCUACCGCUCAGCCUGCAGAUUCUUGUAUCAAGAAUGUCUAUACUGCCAUUUCUAGCCCCGCAAGCCAGAGUCAAUUGACCCAUGCUCGGUGCCUUGGCCCUGCAGGUUUUUCUUUGCAGUGUAGACAUACCCCAUGACACAAAAAGAGACAAUGGCCAAACUUAAAACUAGUCCUUGUAACAAGGAGAAAUAACUGGCUUUAGUGCAGUUGCCUUCCCAACCCAGACUAGAAAGAAUGGUGAAAGCUCAAGGAACUCGAGUGGCUAUGAAAAUGGCACUCCCACUUUGAGCGACCUUUUUCGUCUCUCUCGUAAACGCUGGGUUUCUCCAAAGGGGCGUCCAUUCGGGGCUAGUGCUAUGGUUAGAGAGAGAGAAACAUCCCCUUGGCAGGGCAGAAGGUGUGUCCUCCAAUCAGAUAUCCCAUUUUCACCUUCUAUUAAAGGCCAAGUGACCUGUACCACUUUGGUGUAGAUUUCAGUUUCAAAAUAGCUUAUUUUACAAGCGUAGGUCCCGAUUCUGCAGUCGGAUCUACACAGAGGGACCCUGCACUAGCACAAGUCUGAUCAGAAAAUCAGCCAUGACGAAGGGAGAAACAAUUGAGUACGCUGAUUUUUUUAAAAGAACUCUGUGGUGUCCCAGGGGCAUCUGCUCAGGAUGGGCAAAUCUGAGUGUACCCCAAGCUAUUAGCAAAGGGCUAAAGGCAUUUUCAGAUUGUUUGGACACCACACACCCCCCAGUAGCGAGAGUGGACUGAUACAGCUUAAAAUACUCCUGUGGGGGUUGCUCAUGUGCAAGAGAUUGUGCUCACAGAAGAGGAAAGUGUACCCCUCAAGGGAACUGAAAGUCCCCCUGGUAUGGACUGAGGUUUGGCACAGGAGGCAGUCCCAACCCUCAACACAUCGUCCUAGCAGGAUUGAUUGUACUUGUUAAUAUUCCUGCAGAAGGACCCCUUAGAGCCAGGCCUGGGGCAAGUGCUGGUCAUUCAUCAUUCUUGGGUUCCAGAGUUCCAGCUGGGCUGAUGGAAGGGGCAAGCCCUUUGCAAUCAAGGCAGGUUUCUGUUUUGAUAGACUUUGGGAUUUAACACCUUAAGAGCCACAAACUUGGCACAUUUUGCAGAUGGAUCAGGGACUGUCUCAGGUCAGACCUUUUCCUGUUAAUCUGCUGUGCUCCAGAAUGAUCCACCCAUGUGUGUGAUGAGAAUAUUUAUUUAACUGCGCGGGCAACUUGCGGUUAUUAUUUGUACAGUUGUUGUUUUGUUUAGAAACGCAGAAAGCUGACAACUGCUCCCAAUAAACACUAUGUUCUUUUCUUGA